AUGCAUGCCUCCAGUGGCCUGAUAUCGAUGCUACAAAUAAUCCCAAGCUUUCUUGGCAGUGUCCAUGCGGCGAAGUUGAAUCUGAAUGGACUUGGAAGAGGUAUUCCGAAUCCAAGUAAGAAUAAUGUGGUUCUUACUAUCCCACUCAUUCAAGGCAGUCCGAUAGUCUGUGAGAUCUUUAUUGUUGAGGGGCACCGUAGAAGUGACAACAGGAGCAACCGGUGCAGAAAAAUCGCCAAAAUCCUAGAAGCCAGUUUGAAAUUCUUCUCUUGGAUUGCCCAAAUCGUUUCGUUCGUCAAUAGGUCUAGGUCAGGAGGCAAAGGUGAUUUGGAUCUAAGGUACAAGUGUCCACGGUACAAGUGUCCACGGUGCAAGUGUGGGGUAGUAGCAGCAAUUCGGGUUGUCAGACCUUCGAAAGAGACAAAAGGUAAAUUAUUUUGUAAUUGUCGAAUGGUGGCGUGCAAGUUUUUCCGUUGGUUGGAUCCUUUGAACAACACUUAUGGCGAGUGGAAUGAACAUGUUAACAAUAUGAACGACUCUGAAGUUAAUUCGCCAUCCAUCGACAUUCAAGUGCUGAAUGAAGUUAAGGUUCACAACAAAUAAUUGAUUGCAAAGAUGAAGAAAUUCAAUCAACGAUUUAGGAUGUUCGAGUUUGUAGUGUUUGGAGUAGUUGUACUUGCAAUUGUAAAAAUAAUUUUCAUGUAGGCGUAUCGCGUACUAUAGUAGAGGGAAAUGGUUAAAUGUAUUUGAAAUUAUAACUUGCUAAUUUUAUUUUGCAUUGGUGUAUUUAUACAUCAGCAUGUUAAAGUUAUUGCCUUAAUGCCCUGGGAUGUGUAAUAGCCUUCUGUUUUCUAA